AUGUAUAUUCCUCAUUCGCCGAAGCCAGUCAGCGAGGUGGAAGCUUACCACCGUUUUAUCAGUCACAACAAACAUAUCCUGUUACAGAUCAAGAUGUAUGUGAUUUUCUUCGUUGGAGGUGUCAUUAUUGUCAUCUGCAUAGUGUAUAUUUUCCUUCAGUGCAGAACUAAAAUGGUCACUCCAAUCAUACGACAAGCGAACAACAGACGGACGCCGACAGAAGAGACCAAGACCUUAUUUGGGUCAGCUGAUACGCUUGAAAACUUAUUGCCUUUGGAUAAAAACACGCUUCCUUUAAAAAUUAGGAGGGAUAAGGAAUUUUACGUGUAA